GCUCUGGUAUGCAGUACUGUGAGUGCAUGAAGUUCUACCUCACAUACAGGAUUGUGUAAAUCCAUAAAUGAGCAGUCACUGUGACUAGCCAUGAUGUCUCUCCUGCUAGCCCACUCAUUGCCCGAUUGGCAGCACCUUGUGAUCAGGUAAUGAUUGUACUGAUCUCCAGGCUGGCUAGUCACAGUGACUAAGCAGAGAGCAGCCUCCUCCUGCCUGAUACCCUCCCAGUACAUGUACCCAGGGACUUCCGUGUUAUGGCAUUCAUAGCGCGGGCUAGCAGAGGCCUCGGGUCUCCAGCAUUGCUGUACAAACAGAGCCGGGGCAGCAAGCCACCCAGCCCGGGGCCCAGCUACCCCCUGCCUGGGACAUCCUCAUACACCACCAGCGCCUGCUGCUUCAUUAAACCCUGCUGGGGAGGCAUCUCUAGGACUGUGCCCAGCUGCAGACCCCCUCCUGCCAGCAGUGUACCCGGUACCCUAGGCAGUGCCAGGUUCUACUCCCUCAGAUCCGCCGGACGCCCCCUCAGUCCCGGCUUGGCCCGCAGAUCCCCUGCCUGGUCCAGGGUGGGCAGUGCCAGUCUCACCAUGUCCCAUGCCAUGCCCGGCCCCGGUGUUACCGGAGAUGUACAGUCUGGGGGUUCAGGGCGGCGGCGCCCCCAUUGCUCGUUUGAUUACCUCGUGAUCGGGGGCGGCUCGGGAGGGCUGGCCGGUGCCCGUAGGGCGGCAGAGCUCGGUGCCAGGGCGGCCGUGGUGGAGAGCAACAAGCUGGGGGGCACGUGUGUAAGUAUAUAUAGUGUGUAGAAUGUACAUAUAAGAGUUAGAACUCUGUGAAACCUGCCGAACUUUAACAAGGGUUAAAUGCACAUCAUGAUUGGUACAGCGCCGAGCAGGUGAGCGACAUCUAGACAGGGAGCAUCCCCUGCAUCCUCAGUCCGGGCUAGCAGCGAAAACCAGGGGCUGAGAUCCUUUAUCUCGGGGUGGGAGCAGUCAGUGUACACAUUUACACCACAAAUUACUCAAUGACAUUGUUUUGGGAGUAGAUAAGGGGAGAAUUAAAUAGCUUCUGACUUCCUCUUGGGUGGAACUUUAUUAGUACAAAUAGUGUACAUCCAAGUGUCCCAAUUUAGGAGGUACAGUCUCGAUUUUGGGCCCAAAUGUACCCAAUUUCUAUCUUAAUGUCCUUUUCUAGGAGCUCCAUACUGUUGGUGUAUCUGAGUGUACAACAGAGCUCCACAGCAAUAAUACUUACAGUAAUGUAUCUUUAAACUAAAAUAAACAUGUUAAAAAUCACUCUGUUAAUAAGAUACUGUAGAAGAUACUUGCUUUAAAUUACAUUUCAGUUGCAAAGUUAUUUGUAAUAUAACUAAAAUGCCACUAUCAACACUCCAGUUCACACCCCUACAAUUAAAGUGUCCCUUUGUUCAUUAUUCAGUAGUAUGUUUUGGACAGUUUUGAGCCAUGGUGAUUUAUUACACUACUAAUGUUAAUGUGCCUUUAAACUGCAGGGUGGUAAAGUGUAUUAUAAGUUGCAGAGCUCUAAUUCAUGUAAUGCUUUCUCAUGCUAGCCUUAAGGAGACACACCAGAGUGAAUUUAACACAAUAAUUUUUAAUGCAUUGUAUGGAAAAUUUACAUUAAGAUAUACAAGAACAAAAACAUAUAUAUUUAAAUAGAGCUAUAUACACACACACAACUGGUGAGAGUAAUGCUACAGCACUGCUAAGUUUAACAUGCAAACUAUUCUUUAAGGGCUCAACCAGAUUCUGAAAUGCAUUCCUAACCCUCUAUUGUUUAAAACACAUGUAGGGUUCUUGCCCUCCCUCCGCUCGCCCCCUUGCCCCUUUUAAAUAAUAAGAAAAUAUAUCUGAUUUCCAGUGCUGCGCCAGUCCUUGCAGUGUUUGGCCACCAUAGGAAAGCGUUGUGAUUCGCUAAGAUCCUCAGUUCUGAUGAUGUCAGCUAAGGAGGUGGAGCUGGGGUGGGGUCAAACGCGACCCUAGCCAAUCAGCAUCUCCUAAUAGAGAUGCCUUGACACAAUGCAUCACUAUGCGGAAAGACCUGCAUGGUGAUGCUGAACUGUACAGCACUGACCCAGGAAGUACCUCUAGUAGCCAUCUGAGGAGUGGCCGCUAGAGGUGUUCCUAGGUUGCAAUGUAAACACUGCCCUUUCUAUGAAACGGCAGUGCUUACAUUAAAAAGCUUGCAGGGACAGACUACACACACCAGAAUGACAACAUUAAGCUGUAGUUGUUCUGGUGACUAUAGAGUUCCUUUAGCAUUGAAUCCAUGCCUGGUGCUGUUCACCGGUAAUGGGGCAAAUCUCCGGUUGGUGCAAUACCUCCUCUAAGCAAAGUGUAAGCUGAUUGCUCACAGUCAAUGAAUGACCCUCUCUAUAUAGAAUAUGCACAGAGAUCCGUGCUGGCUAAGGAUGUACUAAUUACACUGCCAUAGGUGGAGUUACACCUUUUGGUAGCAACAUAUUUAUAUUGCAAUUGCUGCACAUACAGACUUGAAGCACCAUAACCACUUCAAUACACUGAAUUGGUCAUGGUGCUUGGAGUAACCAUUUAAAGGUUUAACUAGGCACAACCUGUUUGUAUUCUUUUUUAAUAGUAGUGUCAUAUUCUGACAAUGUCAGCUUGCUGCCAGCUUUUUUUAUGCCAUGAUAUUACACAAUUUUGCAAGAUAUAGCAUGUUACAACCUUUUUAUCUUAAGCAAUGUUUUACAAGCAUCAAUUUGUGUUGCUUCCUAAAAACUUCACUAGGAAACCCUGCACAUAAAGAUAUUAUCCCCUUAGCUGCCGGAGGUGAAGAUACAGAGCUUAGUUUUGGGCUGGAUAGCGUGAAUACUGCGCAAUUUUGGCAUCUGAAAUACAGUUGGCAGGUGCCAGACAGCCAUUGCUUGAUGCUGGCGACUAGCCAACAUUUUUUAUAUAUAUAUAUAUAUACUGAAAGCACUGAUGUACAGGACCCAUGUUAAUAGUAGCCCUCUGUUGUAUACUUUCAAUGGCUGUAUUUCACGGGGAUGUUGGCUUGGCAUUUGCAGUAUUUAGUAAUCCUUUGCUUACAGGCUGUCCUAUUGUCCAGCAGUGUUGUUUUAGUGCUAUUUGUGAGUUUGUGUGAAUCAGCUUAUCGUGUGACAUCUCUUACUUUGUUGGUAACCUUUCAUUCCUUUGAAGUACAUCUCAUUUACUCGUGUUUGCUUUUGUUUAACGUCCCCAUUGCCUUUUUACAUGUUUUAGUUUGUUCUUUUUUUUUUUUUUUAUCUACAGGUGAAUGUGGGAUGUGUACCAAAAAAGGUAAACUUUUUAUUUCUCGCAAUCGUUUAACACUGUAAGUUAGAGAAGUAAAUUUAACCCCUUAAGGACACAUGACAUGCGUGACAUGUCAUGAUUCCCUUUUAUUCCAGAAGUUUGGUCCUUAAGGGGUUUAAGCAUAACUCCUAAUUAGUUUAAUAUAUAUACAUUGAAAGAAACUAAUGAAAAAGGUAUUUACAAGUCAAAUGUAAUAGAACCCUCCUGGAAAAAGAAAAGAUCUUUCUAUUCUCUAUUGUGUUCAUUUUAAAGGGGUAUCCCCCAAUUUAUAGAGAUAAGUGCAGGCAAGGCCAAAUUAGUACAUUUACUAGAUAUUCAUUGCCUUUUUGUUUUCUAACUCCCAAUUGUUGUCUGUAGUUUUACCAGCACCCAACUAGACUCACAUAGCCCACUUGCCCGUUUAGUAAUGAGCCUGUUUUGUGGUGCAAGGAAAUCUAAAUGAUUUCUUAUUGCUCUCUUCUGUAGCCAUCAAAGUACAUAUACUCCAGCUAUAUUAUUGAUUUUUCUCCAACAGAUCAUGUGGAAUGCUGCCAUCCAUUCUGAGUACAUCCACGAUCAUGAAGAUUAUGGCUUUACGACGUCAGAUGUCAAGUUUACAUGGAAGUAUGUAAUUGUUGACAAAACAAAAAACCUCUUGUGUAAUUGUUUUAACAAGGGCCCUGGUCCCUUUUUUAAGUGCAAAAAAACAUUUUCUGUUCAUACAAAUUGACAAAAUGCAUGAGGAGAGUCAAUGUCUAUGUCAAAGUUAAAUAUCUUGGCCGUUUCCAUUCUUUUUCCCAUUAAGGAUACCAUUUUUAUUGCCAAUUGAUGUUGAUGGAAAGACCACAAUGUUUACUUGAGCUCAGUAUUACAAAGAUAGUAUGGUUCUAGAACUAGGAAGUACAUUUGAACUCUGCUUUGUGGUGUAUAAAUAAAGCUCGUUAGAAGUAUAAACAUGCCCUCCUUAGUAUUAGUGUGUGCUUCUGAAUCAGAUACAAACAACUGAUGCAAAUGUAUUCCAAUGAAACCUCAGUGAUUACUAUUAAAUUAAACAUUUUAUAUACAUUUAAAUAAUCAAUUAAAUUUGGAAAUCUUACAAUUGUAUGGACUGUGGAAUAUAUAUUUUAUAUAAAUCUGAUCAUGUGAAGAGUUGUUUUAAGAUAAGCAGAGGAAUAGCAGUCUAGGCUUCUAAUUCCUUUUUUUUUUUAUUUAAUUUUAUUGUGCAAGUAUGAACAUACAUGGUUGGUUCGCCACGACAACUGUAACAAGCUGAGUGAAAACACGCUAAAUAUAUCAAUAGCAUGGCAUACGUUGAAACUGCACAUUUUCUAUAUUGGAAUUACAGGUUAGGAACAGUAGUGUGUUAAUAGUCGUCAGUAGGCAAAUAAAACGUGUAGUACGCACACUAAACUGACUGCCAGGGUAACAUUAAUAACCUUUUUAAAGGUGUAGAGUGGAAUUUUAAAAAAUAGUUAAGCAAUGUAAUAAGAUUUCACGUUGGGUCCAUCCAGCCGGGGUUAUAAUACAGGUUAGAUGCAAAUGUAGCAAUAUGAUUUGUUUGGCUAGGAGACAUGUUAUGUUAGGAACUAUAUAAGAAAUCGUCAAGUAACCUCAUGCUAUAUAGUAUUUGUGUAUCCACUGUUAGACUAUUGUGUAACACACACACAAAUAUCCUGAAGGGGACCAAUGCGUCAACUAGGAGUAUAAUUAAAUGCUAUUGUGUGUGCUAACCUAGUCAUGUAAGUUAUGUGGCUAGGAGACCUGUUGCUUACAUAAUACAGGAGGUGCGUUAUGCUUGCUUAAGUCUGGUUAUAACGGUAGGGUUAUAAUGUGUAGAGAGUCUCGUGUAUUCUGAUCAAUUGCUGGAGUUAUCUGGUGGUAAAGCUAAAAUGUCUUGGAUAUUUAUGAAUGCCUGAAUUGGCUACUGGUAGUCUGGUUGAGCCUCUGUGUGGUCGGUACUAGGACUCUUCCCCCACUCAGUCCUCUUUGCUCAACCGAUGCCGGCUCUGGAGGCUUGACAUGUGCUUCUAGCUGAAGGGCAAUGUGUUUCCCUCCUCUGGGUCUCAUAAUCGUUGGGCUCUCGGGGUGUCUUCUGCCCAUGUCCUGGCAUUGGGUUUGUGGGCCACAGCUCUCCGCUGCUUGUCUGUGUUAAUGCUUCUCUUCCAGGACCCGCCGGGUUCUCCUCUUUGCUAUCCUGCUCCGGUGUGCGUAGUGGCACAGGCGCUUCUUGGAGCUGGCGUUGAUUAGAGGCCGGAAGGUGGGUCGGGAUGACUUGUAUUUGUGCUUGUGUGAGGGGUUGCUUGCUGCUGGGUGCGCCAGUGUGAGUCUGCUUGGAGGCGGGUAGAGUAGUUGCAGGUGGCGCCAUUUCUGUGCUCGUUUCCCUUGUGGUAUGUGCCUUGAUGGCGGGAGCGUGUAGGCAGCGGUGGCGAUGAAUACACCUCUGGGCCUUGUGCCAUGGCUUGUCGGUCCUCUAGUUUUCGCCAGAAGACCGCGAAUAUGCUUGUAGGCCGCAGGUGUCGCUUUGCCGAGUCAUGCCCGAUGGGCUGCUUAUUUGGUAUCUGCAUGUGCCCCACAGUGUCACCUCACUGGUGGUGGCACUUUUGCAUUGUUUGGGUGCCUUUCUUGGCUGAAUUAUCUUAGUUUUCGUCUGUAGAUGCAGGAGCAACUCUAUGUCACGUCCGCUCAGCUCGGCGGUCAGGCCCCGCCCCCGGCUUCUAAUUCUUUUUAUAUAUCGCUUACAGGGUAAUCAAAGAAAAACGAGAUGCCUAUGUUAGUCGCCUGAAUGACAUCUACCAAAGUAACCUUCACAAGGUAUCUAUCAUUUAUUAAAAAAACAGUAAGUUUAGCUGAUAUCUAUUUCUAAAGUUUUGACAAUAAAAUGUGAUUUUUCAGGAAUUCAAAUAAAAUUUUAAAUUUUUAACCACAGUAGCUAUAUUUUCAGCUAUGUUUUCAAUUUGAUUAUUUUGGCUUAAAAUUUUAAAUUCAUUACUUCUCUUUAUAUGUGAUUAGUGAAUUACUAUUCUGUUAUAAUUCGGAGGAGCAUGUUCAUAAGUAAAAUCAUGUGAAUGCUUCAAUUCUGUAUAUUUCUAUUUAUCACAAUGUUUAAUAUUAUUUUCACUUGACCAUCUUUUCCACGUGUCGGUGGGAAAGAAGUGAUGCUCAGUUAUAAUUACAUCCAUUUGAACAUAAAGCAAUUUUAUACAUUUAAUAGGCCCAGAUACAAAUUAUCCGGGGUCAUGCAUCCUUCACAUCUGAUCCAGAGCCAACACUUGAAGUGAAUGGUGAGAAGUACACAGCACCGCACAUUCUGAUAGCCACCGGGGGCAAGCCAACUAUACCCUCGGAUGAGGAGGUGCCUGGUAAGAAAUGCCAUGAAAUGUCUGGUGAUACAUAUUUGUAACAAUAAACUAUAGUUUAUUUUAACCAGAUCACUAUCAUGGUUGUUCAUUUAAAUGGUGAUCAUGUUUAGUAACAGGGAUCAUGGAGAAUUGAGAAGGGAAAUUCAACAUUUGGGUCUUACGAGGUUCACUAGAAAAAAAUCUCCAAUCUAGCUCUACUUUGUACUUCCACUUCAGCAAUUUCGGUCUAAAAUUUGUGAUUGUGAUUCCUGCUUAAGGAUGGAGGUAGUUUUCCAUGUUAUGAACCAAAACAAAAUCUUGAAUUUGAGCUAUAGGCUUGUUCCACCAUAAUUUUAAGGGUUUCUCUUCAAGUUCCCCAUACAUGUUAUAUAUAGUUUGUUAAAAGACAGAAAGGGCUUUAACUUAACAUGACAUAUACAUAUAUAACAUCUCAUUUAUAAUACAAAAAUUACACAAAAAUGCAAGGAGGGAGGGGGGAGUGGAUCCAACAGCAAAAGUAAAUGGAUGCACUCUGAUUUAGCUGCACCAUGUCCAGCUAUAUUGUGGAUAUCCUGAGUGCUUUCCCCAGCGGAUUGGUGUCAACCUAUUAUUCUGUGACAUUUUAUAAUUGUCUCAUUUAUUGGUAAAUUUUCCUCGUUUUAAGAUCUUCGGAAUAAGCUGGCACUAUAUAAAUGCAAAUAAUAAUAUUAACUGCUUAUAACAAGGGCACUACUACUUAUAGGCUGGAGAAGCAAAGGGCGGAUAAACCAUCUGGAAAUGUACAUAUUGUAGACUUGUUCUCUAGGCCGCAACUGGAAUACCCUCCUAAGAGGUGUCGGAGCUGGACAAACUUUCCUCCUCAAGGGUGGAACAACUCGUCUUUACUAUAGAGGAACAGUCUGGUUGUCACCUACUCUCUAGUACUUUUUUAUGAGGCGGCAGAAGCUGCUCAGCCGACAAGAGAGAUUUGCGAGUUUUCCUGGAGGAUAUAAGGCUCAUUCUAGUCUCUGAUGUGGCUGUCUUAAAAUAAGAAAUUAAAGCUCUAGAAUAAGAUUUGGGGGACCAGCGGUCCCGCCCUGGAGCAGUAAGUAGUAAAGCUUCAGCGGUCUGGGCAGGAAACUAAACUCAUGUAAUAUGCAAAUAUGUUCCAGAUUCUCAAGGCACCAGCAGCACGCACUGCUGCUCCUAGAGAUUAAUUAGUUAAGCUCCAGACAAGAGUGGAUAAAGUGUUUUUUCUACAAGCGCUGAGUUGGAAAACUCUGUAUAAUUUUUAAGGUAAUGCCAUUACCAUCUUUCCAGACUUAUCCAUGAACACAGCCUUUUGGAGAAGAUACCUCCUUCCACAGACCCAACUUUUGUGGUCCCAAGAUAUAACAUAUUGAUAAGACACCUCCAGAUCCCUAGUGGUAACACACAAAAAUGUCAAUACUUCGAUUGCUGGGUGAAGAGGAUUGGGGAACCUUUCUUCUUAGGAUUGGUAUCCCCACAGACUCCACACCCUCUCAGGGUGCUUCAGGCAGAUCACCAUCACCACCCCACAAGUGGAAUAUCUCCAGAAUUAAGCCCUUUGUACCACUGCUAUUCAAUUACUAUCUAAUACCUAAAUCACAUCCUAACAUCCUCAAAGGGUUAAUGAAUGAUUUUGCUUGUUAGGUUGAUUCUCAACAUAUUGCAUUAACUAUGUAUGCAGCAUAACGAUAAUAUUAGUUACUAUUAACAGUAUGGACAAAAGUUUUGUUCUGAAUUAAAGUUCGUACCCUUUUUUUUCUGUUUUUCAGGUGCCAGUCUGGGCAUCACAAGUGAUGGAUUUUUUGAACUUACAGAAUUACCAAAGUAAGUUAAUUUAUCAUCACUUUAAUAAUUCAAAAUAUGCCUGUGCCCAUUUUUAACAAAAUAUCACUGGACUUUUUAAAAUAAAAUCUACACCACCUUCCCCCUCUUGCUAUUUUUUUUGUCUCUGUCCCCACUUAGAUCAGAUAUUUUACACAUUCUCCUUUGUAUUCAUCCUAGAGUUCUACUUGCUGUUCAUCUAGACAUUUUCUUUUCCUUAUCCACAUUGUUCUGUUUCCUGCGAUCUCUAAUUCUAAAUAAUUCUCGCGUUUUUAAUCCGAUUUACUCUGUCCAGACUGCAACUUGAAAAAGUGCUGAGCUAAAGUAACACGCUACAGAUAAUUUUCACCUAAUUUCUAGGGACACUCCAGACCCAUACUCUGUUAAUUGCCAGUCUGAACAUGCAGCAGCCUCCUGCGUGUGAAUAAAGUUUAAUUAACAGAGUCAGGAGAGUUGUGGCUAGGGCUACAUAAGCAAAGUGAUUUAACUCUUAAACCACAGAGAAUUGUUUGGUGUCACUGCAGGGGCAUGCUCUAUAUAUCAAACCUGCUUCAUUAAGCUCAAGUUGUUGUGCUGGACUGCUUUGUUUUACUGUUGUUUUGCCAGACGUGGAACUGGAUCCCCGUUAUCUGACCUUUCACACACAGUCAGACACUAACUUCACCCAAUGCCACUAACAUACAUAUAUCGUUCCAGUAAUUCCCACCUAGCUUAAAACAAUAUAGAGUGUUUGCACACAGUGUUACACAAUGAAAGGAUAGUUUUACAGCACUGGGCUCUGAGCAUCUUCUUAUUUUUGUCUCACUAUUUAUAUGACCCUUCUUUGCAACUUAUUAAUAAUGGCACAGAGAAAAUAAGAAAUGUAAAGGGGUAUCCAGUCCCCUAAGGCUACUAAGCUUGCUGAAGUAUUUUAACCACUUAAAAAAAGGAGGUUAUUGUCCAAAUUUCUAACUUAGAACACAUUCUAUUUUUUUUUUUUUUUUUUUAUGUGUUUCUUCACUGUAAUAUAAGGGUUCCUUUUUAAUGUACCCAUACAUAUUCUAUAUUCUCAUUUAUUUAUUUCCUAAUACAACAUGUAUUAUUAUGUAUGAAUAAAAUGUUGAAACUGUAAAACCACAUUUUACAGUUUUGUUGAUAAUACUUUUUAUUCGUCAAGUGCAACUAAAAAAAAACAACCUCAAAAUAUAUGCAUGUAUCAGUCCUGAUUGUACAGCGCUGCGGAAUUUGUUAGUGUUUUGAAAACCACAAUAAUGUCUAGUAUACAUUUUUUGUAGUUAUCGCUAACAGUGUACCAACCCUACCCCUAACUCUAUGAUUACAAUAACUCUAACCACACACCUACCCUAACUUUAAUCCUAUAUUAUCCUUCACUCUUACCCGCAUGGUAACCCUAACUCAGAGGAUUUGAUGUCGGUACUGACAUCAGCAGAGGGACUUUUGAUUUCACACAGUACAGAGUGCUCUCCUGUGUGACUGCAGCAUGAGAGGGAGAUCACCAUAUCCAUCACUUUAUGUAUCCAAAGAAAACAUUGACAGAUAAGACUGCUAUUUGCAUAAACAUAAAGUCCUGCUUCUUUCACAAACCUUUCUUUUUUCAUAUAUAUUUGAAAUUAUCUCUAUUAUAUCUACUUAGCGAGAAAAGAAUUGUGACCAUAACAAGUGUUCUUUCAGAUUAUUAAAACCUUAAAAAGUUUCAGUUGCACAUCCAAACAUACUAGAAUACAUAAUAAUGCAAUGAAUGUAAAAAUAUAAAACACAAAGCAUUGUAUGUAUAGUUUAAUUCUUUCUACAUUUUACAUUAAUGAGUUCACACAUCCCAUAAAGUGAAAUGUCCCUUUCUCUUUCAGGCGCAGUGUUAUUAUUGGUGCAGGCUACAUUGCUGUGGAAAUAGCUGGAAUCUUGUCAGCUCUUGGAUCAAGAGCUGCUUUGCUGAUUCGCCAAGACAAGGUAAUGCUUCAUUUGAGCAAUAUUUUUGAUGUGGAAGUUACAGGAAUAGUGAAGGAAUACAUUUUAGGGGCGAAGGAGAGUGCGUCAUCAAGAUUUAUGCUUGGAUAGGUGGGGAUAUGGAAUAUUAUUAUUUUUUAUUUUUAUUUUUUUUUGUUAAAUGAGGGAUAUAUCCAUUAGUUGUGAGGAAUUAAAGAUUUCCAAUUUUAGUGAGGCUAUGUUUCAUGCAGUAAUGGGGCACCAAAAAAAAAAAAAAAAGAAACCAUACAAGGGCAGAUGUUACAUGAGAUCUGAAAGAAGAUAACAAGAAGUGGUAAAUCUCAGUUUUGCCUUCACAUAUCUUUCAUUAACAGUGAAAGAUACCGCGAGAAGAGGUGUAGAGGGCCAAAUAGUCUUACUUGUGGGACACCAACGAACAGUGGAAGGGAAGAUGAUGAGAUAGCAGUGAAAUAGACAGUAGGAACAAUUGGUUGGAUAUAACUUGAGGUCUAUUUUAUUCUAGAUCUGCUUUAUUCCAUGGGUAUAUGUAUCAUGAAUACCUAUGGAAUAGAGCAGAUCUAGAAUAAAAUAGGUAUCAGCAUUGUCAAAUCCACAUUAUACAGAGAUCCAAAUGGAUUGGAAGGGAAAAACAUUGAACUUAUACAUAAUUGGAAGGACAGAAUAUGGAAUAGGGAAAUGCACAGGCCAAUAGUCAUGUCAGUGAUUUUGUGGGAGCUUGCCAGACUGACCAUUAGCUAUACUAGCCAGUUUCCCUCAAGGUUGUCCAUGUCCAGAGUGCUUCAGAAGCACUGUUGUAUGAGAAGUAUACCAUUAGUUCAAGUUGUGCAGGCAGAGCAUGUCUGAAAUGAUUGCGCUACUCUUAUUGUCCCCAGAAGAAACCCUUCAAUGAUAUCUUAAUACAAAGCCCAAUGUUCCAUUGCCACUUCUACUGAGCUUAAUGAGUGAAUUAUCUCUCGUCUUAUUUUGGUAGGCCCUACCCAUACGAGGUCUUAACAGUGUAAUGUAUAGUCUGAACUAGCUGUGUAUUCCUUUUUCAGUUCCCCCAACAAAAAGAACAAUGGUAGAAUAUUUGGAGAUGUAAACUCUCUUUAAGGCAAAUGGGGACCUUUCUAUUUCACAGAACAAUCUCUUAUUUACAUAUAUAUAUUUAUUACAGGUCCUAAGGACAUUUGACUCCAUGAUUAGUACAAACUGCACAGAAGAAUUGGAGAAUGCUGGUGUAGAUGUCUGGAAGUAUGCUGAGGUACUGCUGAGAACAAUCUAUGUUUGUAUUUUUUAUAUUGUUUGUCAUUACAAAUAUAGGUGUAUACAUAGCACUAUCCUUAAUACUAUCGAUGUGGAAUCUUUGCAUAGCAAGACUCAACUUGUUUUUUCUUGACAUGCUUGUACUGUUGUUUGUGUUUAUGCGUGCUUAAGUUUUUAAACAUGGCCUUAUUUUUCUCAGGUGAAGGCUGUAAACAAGACGCCCACAGGUUUAGAGAUCAAUGUGCUGUGCUCCGUCCCUGGACGCAAGCCCACUGUUAGGACAAUCCAAGAUGUUGACUGCUUGUUGUGGGCUAUUGGGAGAGAUCCUAAUACUGAGGGAUUGAACCUAGAAAACUUGGUAAGCUUCCCAUGUUAGUUUUAUCUUUAUUUCUGCUUGUGAUGGUUUUAAGUAUAUUUAUGAACUUACUUCUUUUUGUCUUAUUCCAGGGUCUUGAAUUAGAUGAGAAGGGCCACAUUGUGGUUGAUGAGUACCAGAACACCAGCAGGAAGGGAAUUUAUGCUGUGGGAGAUGUGUGUGGACGCGCUCUCUUGACUCCAGGUAAUUAACUUGCUGUUUCCAAUGAAGUUAAAAAGGAUGUGUUUGUUCUGCCUUAUGUUUAUACUCUGAAGGACCUUGCUUCUAGUUCAGUGGAGUUUAUACCUUUCUAUUUAAAGGGAGCUGUCGCUUUAUAUGAAAGAUUUAGUAAAUUACACCAUAAUACAAUUCAGACAAGGCAAUCACAAUGAGGCAACAAUAGAUUAGGAAGCAGAGUACCUAGAUGGAAUUUUCUUUUUUCCGACUUUGCUAUUUUGGCUGGUGAUUUUUAACAAAGCAUUAUAGCAGGGUGAUUUGUAAAUUUUGUAAUAGUUUGUCCCAUUUAUUGUUAAAUUCUCCCCUUUAUAACAUUGCAAAGCGCUGCAGAAUAAGUUGGCGCUAUAUAAAUGCCAAUAAUAAUAUUAAGAAAACAUCAGAUGAUCUAAAAUUGUGUUGUCACUGUUUGACAUAUCAGGUAUUCAUUCUUACACAUAUGCAAUCAAAAGUGCUCAACUAUGUAAAAACACAUUAAAAUAUUUAUUAAUACUCACUGAUUUACACAGAUCUUUAAGUGGAAGGUCUGAGUAUGUUACUGAUUUUAUUUAUUUAUUUUUAAACUCUCCCUCUAGUACAUUUUGAGCAAUACAGAAAUGUAUAUAAAAAUAUUCUGCUAUGCCAAACACAAUAAAAUGUAUGAAUCAGAACAAGUACAGUAUUGCUGCUCAUUGAUAUUUGGGUCGAUGUACUUGGUAUGAUUACAAUGUAAGUGAUAGAGAACACUUUAAUUCACAAACAAUGCUACUCAUCCAUUUUUCAGGUGCCUGCUAUCUAAGAUAAUCUAUCCUUCUUCAGUCAUACUCUUCAACAGUGGAAUUCUGGUCGAAAAAGAUACAUAUCAAGAUCCACUUUGAUUUAAAAUACAAUUUAAAAUAUAUAUAUUUUUUUAUUCUUUAUUUUUGCAGUGCAUAAAGAUAAUUACAGACAAGCCCACAAUGCCCCAACAGCUAUAGCAGGCAGUUCAAAAUACAUAUCCGGAUAGAUGUGUGGCAUUUCAAAAUAACAACAGCACUAAUUUUAUGGUUGAAUAGAUUCAGGCAAGACACAUUUGUCUAGAACAUUGGCUGAAACUAAGCGGUAGAGUUAGGAGGCAAGUGGAUAAGCUUAGUCCAGGAGUAUGCUAAGUAUAACAAAUACUAUUAUGUCAGACAUGUGGUAAAGCAUGCAGAGAAAAUCAAGAUAAACAUUCUGACAAUAUGAGUGACUAUAGUAUGGUUAUUACACUGUACUAAUCAGACUGCACAUUCAGUAGCUCGUACCGCUCAGGCCACCUGCACCAACCAGACCUUUGUAUAAAAUAAUACAAAAUAAAGAAACUACAGCUGCUGCUGCAAAACAUAACUCGACGUGUGGUAGGUAUGUCAGCUCCCAUGGAAAAGCAUUAAAGUCAGCCAAUUCCAACACUAGACUUAAUGCGUGUAUCCAAACUCAGUCUCGAGGGAGCCGUGUAGAGACCAGGUGAAGCGCCCCUCCAGCCCCAGGCCCGUGUGAGAGCUGGCACUAUUUUGCAGACUCUGUGUUUCUCCGAGGUUAAGUCCUUCCCCGAUGGGGGACUGUGGAUGGGUCUCUGUCACCACUUUCUGAGGCGCCGAGCAGUCCUUCGCAGACGUGGGUGGCGUAUGGGGGUCAAACCCCAAAUGGCUUACAGCCUAGGAGGGAAAACUGCAACAGUAGAGGUGAGUAUGAUGGCACCUAUGCCCGGUUGUGGUCUCUUUGGUCUUCAUCCGCCUCCUUUCCGAGUUCCCCCAGCAGACUUAGAUGCAGGUGUCAGUUGCUGUCCAUGAUUCUCAAACCGGGAUAACCCCCACCAGCCCAGAGGCCGGGGAACGUAACCCAAACAGCACUUAAGUCAAUUAUUUGGUUAGAGAUAGGCCGCGUCCAUUGCCCUUGAGCAAACAGCGGGUCGCAGGUACUUUCAGGACCCUGUAAGAACUUGACAGAGCUGAGAGUGUUGGUCCUAAGUAGCUUAUGCAUCAGAUAUAGUUCCAAUACAGGAUUACUUGAUUUAUUUGUUAAAAGCAAAUGCAAGUUGAUGAGCUCUUUUAAAACACAAAUUUUAUUCAUCCAUUAAAUAACAUGGUAACACACUGGGUAGCAUGUGGGGAGUUGAAAUAUUUGUCAAAUAUUAAGCUCAACAAGUAGCAAAAAUGACCUCUUAUGGGGAAACACAAUAUCUCAACAUGGUUUGUGCUCAUUUUUCUCUUUGCUUUAUCUUCUAAUAAUAACGAAUAAUAAUUUUGCUAUUUUUCAGUUGCCAUAGCAGCUGGGAGAAGAUUGUCCCAUCGACUUUUUGAAGGUCAAGAAGAUUCCAAGCUUGACUACAAUAACAUUCCAACAGUGGUCUUCAGUCAUCCACCCAUAGGAACUGUUGGACUCACUGAAGGUAUGAGUUUAUAGGUUUGCUUUUGGAUGGGGGAAUUUUUUUAUUGGGUAAAUGGGUAAAUAUGUGAGCUUCAGUGUCCAGCAUGGGCUUCUACAUAUUUAUAUGUAGAUAUAUGAUUUUAAUUCAUAUAGCUGCCUACACUCAAACGUUAACCGAAGAGAAUCUAGAAAGGAGGCACUACAUAAAAAAACAAAAACAAAAAAAAACCCAAAAUCAAAACAUAUUAGUAGAAACAGGUAGACCCCAGGUUUGAUAGCUCAAGUCUGCAGAAAGAUUCCAUGGUGGAAUUGACUUCUGCUUUUUUUUACACUUGAGGAUCAUUGUCUAGGUAAAUCGUACUGUUAGUCAUUUAAAGAGACAUGCAAAAUGUAUACCUAAUAAAAUAUAUUCACCUUUGUAUAUUUCUCAUUUUCUGAAACCCCCCCAAAGUCUAUAACUUCUUCUGAGGCCUAUCAGACGAUCUUUGUUAUCCAGGUGAUACUACGGAAGUAAUAUUUAAAGGAAAACUGACUUAUAUUUAAAAUAAAAGACUAGAUAUACUUUAGCAUAUGUCUAUCAAUGUCCAAUGCAUACCCUUGAGUAAAUACCUGUUUUCAUUGCUAAUCUUGGUUUAGGUUUAACCGUGUUGGCCAUCUUCAGAAACAAAGCAUAUUAAAAAAUUAAAGUGAUCAGGUGUUUUGAAACAAAUACUCAUUUUACUGUGAAACGUUCAAAAUUCCUGUUUCCUUCUUUUACUUUUAUAAUUUCCUUCGCUCUCACCCUACCCGUGAUGUCUAAUCAUGGCCCUCCAACUGUUCCCCAGUACUGGUAAGGUGGGAGAGAGGACCGAAGUUAUUCACUUCUAUCUUUGUCUUAUUUAGUAUUAAGUAUAUGGAUCAUGAAUCUUCAGUUUCUGGUAACGUCUAUAUGACCUUUUUGUGUUUUAGAGGAGGCUGUGGCCACAAAAGGUAGAGAAAAUGUAAAGAUCUAUACCACAUCAUUUACACCAAUGUACCAUGCGAUUACCACGAGGAAAACCAAAUGUGUGAUGAAACUAGUCUGUGUUGACAAAGAGGAAAAGGUGAGAACCAACAUAUUUUUUACUUAUAUUAUUUCAAACUGGUAACACAGUUUAGCCAUGCUUAAAGGGGCACUAUAGUAACCAAAACAAUUUUAACUUAAUUAAGUGUUUUGUGUUAUAGAUCGUGGCCCUGCAGUCUCACUGCUCAAUUCUCUGCCAUUUAGGAAUUAAAUCACUCUUGUUUCUUUCCAUGAAACCCUAGUCAAAAUCUCCUGGCUGUGAAUUACACAGCCUGCAUGAAGACAAAAUGAGUUCAUUCUCAAACAGAUGUAGAGUAGAAAUCUACUGACACAGCAGGAGAUGAGAAAUUCUAAAUUAAACAGAAUUUGCAAUAAAGGAAGUGUAAACAUUAGAUGACUGUUUCAGGAAGUGUUUAGGAAGGCUGUAUGUCACAUGCAAGGAGUUGUGGCUAGGGCUGCAUAAACACAGUGAUUUAACUCAUAAAUGCAUGAGAAUUGAGUGAGACUGCAGGAGCAUGAUCUAUACACCAGUACUGCUUCAUUAAGCUAAAGCUGUUUUGGUGACUAUAGCGUCCUGUUUUUAGUUCCCCAGACCUAGAGUAUGUAACAUAAAGAGGCUACAUUACACUUCACUCUUCUCAUUUUCUGGAAAUAAGGGGUUUCACCUAAAGACGUGGCAAUCACCUGUGAAACCUUGAGUCACCAGGUGAAUCCAGAGCAUUCCCAAGAAUGGAUAAUUCCAUACACUCAUUCACUAAUUUAAUCUUUUAUGGUGAAUGUAUGGCCUUUUGGCCUUUAGAUGGGAAACAUGCACCAAGUCAUAAUAAGUUAACACGUUUCCUUUACAGUAAUUGUUUCACAUCGAAUGUGUAUUUUGGUUUUACAUCAUGUGACCUAAUACAACAUAGAUUUUGGAUAACUAAUUUUUUAACCCAUUAUUUUAACUAAUAGACAUUAUUUUUAUUGCAGGUAGUCGGGUUGCACAUGCAGGGACUGGGAUGUGAUGAGAUGCUGCAAGGAUUUUCCGUAGCCAUCAAAAUGGGAGCCACCAAGAAAGACUUUGAUAAUACUGUUGCCAUUCAUCCCACCUCAUCUGAGGAACUUGUUACACUCCGUUAAAAAUCACUAAAUGUGCCUUAAAAUAAAAAAGAGGACCUCGGAUAAUACCAGCACUGACCUGCACUCCGGGCAUCCUUUUCCAAAGAUUACCUCCAUCCUUAUUUAUAGACCUGUCUGUUUUUUCCCCCUCUCUGACGGUCUUGCUGUAUAACAGAAAAGUUAACAAAAAACAUUAAAAACUUAUUAUGAUGUCAUUUUGCAGUAGAAUGGUUUAAUGGUUAUGUAUAAAGCCAGCUUUGUAUAAUGUAUACAUUUAGCUAAUUCCAGAUAGCUAGAGGUUUAGUUCAUAGUCAUUAUUGUUACAAUUAUCCAUUUUAAAUAUUUUGUACUUCAGCAUAGGCAUGUGCAAGGAGUCCAACCAACUUAAUGCAGGGCCAAAUUGUCCACCCUAUCGCCAAUUUAGUUCUUCAUAUGCACUUUUACAUUAAUUUAGGUUAGCUUAUGAUUAUUAUUGUGUUUCACAUUUUUAAAUCAUCAAUAUUUUAUAAAUAAAGCUUGGAUGGUAAUUUUCUGCAAAUUCAAAGCCACCGGCAAUGUGCUAUGUAAGACUAUGUACGUGAAUAAUCUGCUUCAGAGGAACUCAAUAUCAGUAUUUGUAGGCCUGCGUGAUUUUUAUGACAUAGUUAUGAAAAAGUGUUUGCCAUGUGUGAUGUCCUGCAUUACUGCAUAGUUAUGCCAAGAAAUGAGGGUGAAUCUUUAAUUAAACUCAGGGAUCCAGAGUGAAUAAACAAAUGAUCAUGUUUAAUUCAUGUAUGUAGUAAGGAAAGUUGUGCAACACCCAUUGCCCUUGUGUGAAAAACAAAUUAGCCACCUAGAUUCAAGAAAAUGCUUAUACUAUCACGGCUGCAAUAAUUACUGCCAAUAACAGAGUGUAAGUGUAACAUUACCUUUUAGAAUUGUUGCCAUCACCUAGAACUAAAAAUUUAGAUAGCAGGAGAAUUUAAAGGGUCACUCCGGUACCAGAAGCAUUACAGAUUAAUGCCCUUGCAAUAUGACCAUUAUAAACAAUAUAUUUUCUGAAAAGUAAAAAGGUAGUUUUUACAUGUGUCCUUAAGGCCACCUCUAGUUGCUGUCACUUGAACAGCCACUAGAGGCACUACUGGUCAUGCAACAUUUGAGCUAAAACAUGAGGAGAUGUUGCAUGGCAAUUGCUAUGCAUGCGCUGUAACCUCCCAAUACUUCCCUUUGGUGAAGCAUUGGAUUCACUGAGAUCACCAACACGGUUAGUCCUGUGCAGUUUGUGAAGAAAGGUAAGUAAAAAAAAAAAAACUGCAAUUAUCUAACUAGGCAGUUAAACACUCUACAAAAUACAUGCUUGUGUUUCUAAAGUUAGCGUGUUCCUUUCAUAAUAUAUUCUAAUCAAAAUCAGUCAUGAAGAGUUAAGUCAUUGAUCCACCAAUAAAGAGUUCUGCAAAGCAUGUGUGGGUUAAACUGUAAAUCUUUUCUUUACAGGACAUUAAACCAUUAAUUGGAACUGUAGAUCAUCGAGCAGCCCACUAGGCUGUGUUUUUAUUUAGGCAAAUUUUAUGCUGCUGGGUAACCAAAGCAGUCCUUAUUGGUGGGUUGAUAUUUGUUCCAUGAUUACAGUAUAUUAUUAAAGCUAUUUUUAGAAAUUAUUUUCUACUCUCCUAAUAUUUAUAUGUAUUUUAGUAUUUAUCCCAUUUUCACAGGGAUGGUUUCAUUUUAGGUGUAUCAAAACGUUUUACUAAUGACACCUUUCAUAUGCAUAGAACAGGGGUUGGCAACCUUCGGCACUCCAGAUGUUUUGGACUACAUCUCCUCUGAUGUCUUGCCAAAACCAAAGUAAAAGCAUUAUGGGUGAUGUAGUCCACAACAUCUGGAGUAUCGACAGUUACCUAACCUCAGCACAGAAUACAUUGCUGGUUUAUUAAAUGUAUAAGCUGGAUAUAUGAAAAAGAUAAGUUGAGGAAUUGGUCUAUUUUUGUUCUCCAUAUAUUUUUAAUUCACUUUCAGUGUAUGCAUAGUUUAACAUGAUUAAGCCUGCAGGGAAAUAAUAUAAAAAGGAUGAGAGAGAAAAAGAAGUAGUUCAAGGGAACGAGAUAAUUACAAUUCCAGUAAGGUGACCAGUCCAUCCCUCUGGGCCUGGAUUCUAUUAAGAUAAGGAUAUAUCUGGUAAUUGAAUAGUAACUUUUCUGUAGAUGUCAAGGGGAGAACUGCUAUUCAGUUUCCCGAGUUCUGUAAUAGAAUCCAGUCCAUUAUGUCCAGGAAAGGACCUGCAUUACUGAUAUAAAGACACGGUUAUUAAAUUCUUAGUUUUGUAAAAAAUAAAUCAUGAACACAAUUACUUUAAUAUAUAAUACAUAUUUUCACUCACAUGCCAGUCUGUAUACAUAAACAGAAGUAUAUAAAGACUAAUAUUAAUUAAGAGAAAACACUCUAUCACAGGUAUAGUCCUUGCUGGUAGUAUGCUACGAGUAUUACAUUUUGUAGUCUGUAUGCUAGAUGUUGAGAAAUGGCUUGUUUAUUUUAUAUCAAAC